GUGGGCGGAGUCACGGAUGAUUGACAGGAUAUUCUGGAGGCACGGCAGGCGAGUAAUCUGGCAAAUUGACCUCAGCCACACCGUCAGCCUACAGACGGCGAAUUUUGAACGAAAUUUCGCCCUAAAUCGGGAAUUUCAUCGCGUUUUGAUGCCGAAAUAUUGCCCAGAAAGUACCAUCCAUGGACUUCCAUCUCUGAUGUUCGUGUUUGAGAGCUGAUAAUGAUGAAGAUGAAGCUGCGAGCGGCGGGAGGCGAAAAUCACCGAGGCGACUUGAAUUCCGUUAACGGAUCCGAUCGGGAGAGCGGCACUGGAGCGGCUCAGCUCGAUAAGGAGGCGGUGUUCGAGUGGUUCGGCUUACAGCUGAACCCAUCCGGACGCGUGGAGCUGCUUUGCGGGCUGCUGCAUAUGUGUCAGCCGCUGGAGCUACGCUUCCUCGGCGCCUGUCUGGAGGAUUUGGCCCGGAGAGAUUUCACCGUCCUGCGAGAUUAUGAAAUCCGGGCCAACUGCCCCGCUGAUCUGGAGGGGCUGGUGGACGUAAGCGACCCCGUUGUGCUGUCCAAACUGCUCGUUUAUUUGUCUUUGCUCGGAUCCAAGAGCAGGGAAUGCGCCGGGAUUCUCUUCCGGACGUUGAGUCGAAUGGACGCCGGGAUGUGCGGCGCUCUACCGGAGCCGGAGACUGUGGAUCAGCUGCGGCUGCUCUUCACGAUGGGAUCGUUACACCCGGCGUUCAGUUUCUAUCAGCGGGAAGAGCUGCGAGCGCAGUUGGAUAGACUCCAAAGAUGGAGCCAGUUUUCCAGGCCAGGGUUCCUCUGUCCACACCGGGAGAAUGACGUAGACUGGACUAUUUGCAGCAAUGCCAAUCCACACCUCAACAGCACGUCGCAGAGGGAAGUGGUGCACAUUGAGAAGAUCAUUCUGAAGGAGGUUUCUAUGGGAGAAGACGGCAGGCAGUACAGUUUUGAGGUGAAAUGGUCGGACUCUUCAUCCACUGUUGUCACCAAAAGUCAUCGUGAGUUGGAGGAUUUUCUAUUAAAGCUUCCUAAGGAGCAGAGCCCUGAUGGCUUUGAGAAGGGCAUCAUCAGAUUACUCAGUCGUGGAGAUCAAUAUGAAUCCAGAGAACUGGAGAGAAACCUCAGGGAGAAGUUCCUGUCUUUAUCACAGGAUGUCCUUCAGAGAUGUGACGUUUCCAGGUUCUUCCUGUCUGAUGCGUCUGUACGGCCAUGCAGCCACUGUACCAGUGCGCCCGUAACUAGAAUCCAUCAGCCUGAACGUGGUUUCUCUGAGGACUGCUCCGAGACUUCCAGCCUGGAGGAGGAUGUGGAGGCUUACAGCGUCAGAGCUGCGGGACAGAGUAGUCAGCGCUCUGAAUGCCAGAGGACCGGAAACCGUGAGCAGAACGGAGAGAGAGUUUGGAAGAAAGAAACUGAAUUGGAACAGAGCUCCACAAAUGACAGAAGAGUCUUCACGGCUGGACAGAAGAACAAAGCAAUAUCAGCUGGAAAAAGGGAGAGAGGCAGACGAGUUACAGGUGUCAAGACUUCUAAUGGAAUUCAGAAACCUUCUGCAGCACUGAUGAUCAACCAGGGAGCUUGCAAAGACACAGGAAGGGACCAGUAUGGGGACACGUCAUCGGAGAGCUCGAACUCUGUGCCAUCCAGCCCUGUUCACCAGAAGAGCCUGGAAGACCAAGAUACAGAGAGUCAGUCUGAUAACUCAGCCCAGGAACCAGCUGAAAAGACUCACCUUGUCAAAGGUGUUGGCGGGAAAGCAGUUGCCAUGGUGAAUCCAUUAGUUGCAGAGCCCAAGAAUGUUCAGCAGCCGACUUCAGUGGUGGAGCUGGCACUGACCGCAUGCCUCCCUUACGCCCUGCAGUACAACACCACCACCCAGAGGGACACCGGGCAGGGUAAGAUAACCAUCACCAUCCCGCUGGCCCAAAACCCGGGAGCAUCAUCGGCCAGCGCUCACCCACAGCAGCAGCCACCGCUGGGAGCGUUUAGUGUCCUUUCACCGAGCCAGUGUCCACUGCAGCCCGCCAACAAUCCCGUCAAAACAAACGCGAAGGCCUCUGUUUCUGCCAACGCCCCUUCCAACUCGAGUUCCUGCGGUAGCCAAGUACCAGGACCUUGCCCCACAACUGUACCCACGCACACCCCGGGACCGGGGCCCCUGCCGGCCCCCGCAGUCACUCACAGCACCGCUCAGAGCGAUUCCUUGUCCUACAUCAACAGCUCCAGCCUGCCAGUUACGCCACAGGCCAGUGGGAUGCAGCAGCAGGGGGGCUGCAACUCCUGUGGCUGCCGUGGUACCUGCGGGGGCAACAGCGCCCACCAGACACCCAGCUACUUCCUGCCGCCCCAGCCUGCCCGUCAGAUGUUCGGGCCACCACCCCAGUUCUUCCAUCUCCCUCCGUCUCUAUGCAACAGUUUCCCUGCCCAGGGUCACCAGAAUAACGGGACGCCUCUGCCCUUCUACGCCCACACCGGUCCUCCUGCGGCGUUCCUACACGCUCACUCGGAUCACAUGCUGGCGUCACCGGCGGGAUACAGCCUGCCUCAGAUGCCCCCCUUCCGUCACUUUUAUCCACCUGUCUUUCCGCCGGUUGGCAUGAUGUCUAGCGGAACCAACAUGAAGAAGACCAACAAUGUGUCCUGCUAUAACUGCGGCUUGAGCGGACAUUACGCUCAAGACUGCAAGCAACCGUCCAUCGACACCGGGCUGACAGGUAUGAAGAUGCCAGAAACGCUCUACAAGUAUGCAAACACAGAUGUGAUUUAUUUCAGAUGUGAAAAUUUUUUGCAUAUGCCCUGAUUGGGUAUUUAACAUUUUUUGAAUAGUAAUAAUAAAUUACAUUUAGUAAUUGAGCUGGUACUUACAA